GAAAUCCGUCCCCGAUCAUGCGAGCGAGCAAGUAACCGGCGGGGCCGUGGGGGGCAUUCAUCCUCGUUACCCGGCGGAUCUCGGGGCUGGGCACCGCCGCGAGGAAUGCGCGUUUUGUUUUUUCCCGCUCGAUUCGUUUCUGUGGCCGCUAUUGGAUCAACGUCUCGCUCGUUGCUGCUGCUCUUCCCCUUCCCCCUUCCUCUUCCUCUUCCCCUCCCCCUUGCCCCCGUCAAGGCUCGCUCGCAGGCGCGCAGGCACGCAGGCAGGCGGGGGGCAGACACGCAGCCACCAGCAGUCGAGGGGGCAGCGGCAGCAGCAGCAGGAGGAGGAGGAAGAAGCGCACUAGUAAUAGCAGGAGGAGGAGCGGCAGGAGCUUUCCAUGGCCGCCCUUCUCUCAUCCGCAGCUCAUCUGCUCCUCCUGCGCACCGACGCAUUCUCAGCCACCACCAGCACCACCACCACCUCGACGACCUCCAGCGCACCCUUCUCCUCUUCGUCUUCCUCGUCGUCGCAUUCGCUGGUUGUGCACGCGUACCAAUCUGCAGCAGCAGGAGGCGCAUUGCUCUCGACGACGCGAAUCGGCCCGGGCGCUCGUCGUCGACGGUGGCGGCAAUUGACCGUGUUCUCGAGCGCGGAGCUCUUGUCGUCGUCGUCGUCGUCGUCGUCGAGCGAGAGGAGGCGGCCGAGCGCGCGCGGGCUCGUGGGCGAGGAGGAAGUGGAGGAGGAGGAGGAGGAGGAGGUGAGGCCGGAGAGUUGUGGGUCUCGAGGAGGCGGCAGAAGGAAGAGUAGCGGCGGCAGCGGGAGCAGCAGCAGCAGGAGGAGCAGGAGGAGGAGGAGCUGCUGCUGCAGCAGCAGCAGCUCGAGAGGGGCCGCAUCUGCUCGGAGUAGUAGCAGCACCAGCAGCAGUUUGCAGUGGCAGGAGUCGCUGGUGACGAUGGACGACCGCAGGAGAUUGCUGCAGCAGAAGGGGUGCAUCGUGUGGAUCACAGGGUUGAGCGGAUCCGGCAAGAGCACCGUGGCGUUUGCGAUGGAUCGGAUUCUGAAUUCCAUGGCGAAGGUGAGUUAUGUGCUGGACGGCGACAAGAUCCGCGAGGGCCUCUGUAAAGACCUGGGGUUCUCGGCUGAAGAUCGACGCGAGAACAUCCGCAGGGUCGGCGAGACUGCUGCUCUCUUCGCCGACGCAGGAUUGAUCGCUGUCGUCAGCUUCAUCUCCCCGUACAAGCGGGACCGAGACAUCGUGCGCGAGCUCGUGCCCACGGGCAAUUUCAUCGAAGUGUUCAUGGAUGUUCCUCUCGAAGUCUGCGAGGAGCGCGACGCGAAGGGCCUGUACAAGCUCGCGCGGCAGGGAGUGAUCAAAGCUUUUACCGGGAUUGACGACCCGUAUGAGAAGCCUGUGAACCCUGAAAUCGUGAUCAAGGCAGUGAACGAGCACGGCGCCUGCUACUCGCCCGACGAGAUGGCUCGCAUCAUCAUCCACCAUCUCUCCGAGAAGGGCUUUCUCUCCGAGUGAGAUUUGGACGACGCUGGAAUGCGGAGCGCUCACGGCGCCACUCAAGACGACCGAACUCUCGGUCCGCAGUCGCGUAGAUGGUUGGAAUUUGCCCCAGAAUCCAGGAUUCGUCUCUCGGCAAGAUCCUCUGGUAGGCCCAAAUCCUCCGGAGCUCAGAUCUUACCCUGGCGAGGCAGAGGCAGGAGUAAGUUCGAAAGCAGGGCUUUCAAGAUCUGGAGAAACUAGCAAAUUUUACGGUAGAGGACCAGAUAGGAAUUUUGCGACAGAGCUCGCAAGUGCCGGAGAGGUACAAGCGCUCAUGUACCCUUAAUCCUCCGGCACCUUUUGGCAGCAAUGGAAGCAGAUCGAAAGGACCGUGCCCACGCAAUACGCCGUGCUAUUAGCUCGAGAGCAGGUUAGCAUGGUAUUUUCAGUAGAUCGAGCAUCUUGUUCUGUUGCAAUUACAGAUGAGUGGGACUCCACCCACAAGUGCCUGGUCAGGUCAACAAGCCUGGAUGGACGCAUUGUAGCUUCGGGCAUAUUGCCCCUUGUGCGAUCGAGAGUGCUGUUGCCCAUGUCGUCCAGUUGUUGAUGAGCAUUCCACUGUCGGUUAGUCUGUCUCAGAACUCCACUUCCCGGGAUCUUUUCUCGACAAGCACUUUGCCCGAUGACAGAAUUGGCUGAGAUCCUGGAUUCCAAAGCUCAUAGAUGUCUGGUUGCCCAGGCUUGCAGCUCGUACGAAAUUGAAACGGAGAAUUGAAUCCUGCCUGAGUAGCAACCACUGCUGAUUAGUGAAAAGCGGAGAGACGAUAUAUUCUGCUGUGACCCAUCUCUCGGAGUUUCUGGGCGCUACAGAGCUCAUGUCAUAAGCUCAGAGUCAUAAGCUCCUGUCCUCUGCUGGACAGGAGCUUAUGACAGAAAGUCAUUGUUUUCGCUAGUUUUGAAGUCUUUCCAGUACUCACGUUUCUGAUCAUCUCUGUUCUCGCAAAGUUCCGAGUUUGCCAGCUUCUCUACACUUUCCGUGCCGUUUCAAGCUCAAGUCCAAACUCUCAUUGCAUUUCUGCUGGCACACGCUGCAUCUCGUGAAAGAGCACUAGAUUGUAGCAGUAGAGAAGGAGACCUCAUUCUGGUCACGAACAGGUUUCAGAUCGCUAUUGUAAACUGAAAGGUUUGUCUUAGUCUCCAAGGAUGGUCCAAGGUGGUUGUUUAGAGAAUUCAAGUUGUUUGUAUCGACAUAUGUCGGUGGCGGUUCAUUAGCUUCCGGACAAAGUGAAAUGUACACUGCUCCAAAAUUCAUGUGCAGCGUUCUCUUGGCGCGACCCUCUGGUUUCGUAGCUCUCGUGCCAGCCUGGUUCUGUUUCUUGAUUCAAGUGCUGUGACUGUAGGUAGACCCCUGUAACAGACAGGUUACCAUCUCUGGGUGUUGGAGAGCAGGAGUAGUGCACUUCUCCUGCUUUCUGACGCAGCUGGAGU